CCCGCCUCUGCCCCUGUCCCUGCGGCCGCGCGUCCGCCGCCGCCGCCGGGUCAAUCCGUCAGUCAGUCUGUCAGUCAGUCAGUCACGGAGCGCGCGGCGCAGGAGCUGCGGGCGCUCGCUGCGUCUCCUGGGGGGGAAGGAGCGCCGCGUCUGGGGCGGAGGCUGGAGCAGCGCGAGCGGCGGUUGUCCUGCCCGGGGCCGCCGCGGUAGCCGGGGCCGCCGGAGGGCCGAGCGGCAGCCGCGAUGGAGCAGCUAUCAGAUGAAGAAGUUGACCAUGGUGCCGAAGAAGAUAGUGACAAGGAAGAUCAGGACUUGGACAAGAUGUUUGGGGCCUGGCUUGGAGAACUAGAUAAACUCACUCAGAGUUUGGAUUCUGAUAAGCCCGUAGAACCUGUGAAAAGAUCUCCUCUUCGCCAGGAAACAAACAUGGCCAAUUUUUCUUACCGCUUCUCCAUAUAUAAUCUGAAUGAAGCUCUCAGUCAGGGAGAGACUGUGGAUCUGGAUGCCCUGAUGGCCGAUCUUUGCUCUAUUGAGCAGGAGCUCAGCAGCAUUGGUUCAGGAAAUAGUAAACGUCAAGUCACAGAAGCAAAAGCUGCUCAGAAAUCACCUGCUGGCCGACAGGCGUCAAAACACGGCACCUUGAAAGGAUUACCUUCUUCAUCUAAUAGGGUCACCAAGCCUCCUCAAGCUAACUAUUCCCUGGACGACAUCACUGCGCAGCUAGAACAGGCCUCCUUGAGCAUGGAUGAGGCUGCUCAGCAGUCUGUCCUGGAGGACACGAAGCCCGUAGUAAGCAGUCAGCACCGGAGAACGGCCUCUGCAGGCACAGUGAGUGACGCCGAAGUUCGCUCUGUGAGUAACUCCUCUCGCUCCAGCAUCACCUCUGCGGCCUCCAGCAUGGACUCUUUGGAUAUUGAUAAAGUGACGCGCCCUCAAGAACUGGAUUUGACACAUCAGGGGCAGCCAAUUACUGAGGAAGAACAGGCAGCAAAAGUGAAAGCUGAGAAGAUCAGAGUUGCCCUAGAGAAAAUUAAAGAGGCACAAGUGAAAAAGCUGGUAAUUAGAGUCCACAUGUCUGAUGACAGUUCUAAAACAAUGAUGGUGGAUGAGAGACAGACAGUGAGACAGGUGCUGGACAACCUGAUGGACAAGUCCCACUGUGGUUAUAGUUUAGACUGGUCACUGGUGGAGACCGUGUCUGAAUUACAAAUGGAGAGAAUCUUUGAAGACCAUGAAAACCUGGUUGAAAAUCUUCUUAACUGGACAAGAGAUAGCCAAAACAAACUUAUAUUUAUGGAGCGUAUAGAAAAAUAUGCCCUUUUCAAAAACCCACAGAAUUAUCUUCUGGGAAAAAAGGAAACUGCUGAGAUGGCAGACAGAAACAAAGAAGUGCUGUUGGAGGAAUGUUUUUGUGGAAGUUCUGUAACUGUACCAGAGAUUGAAGGAGUACUGUGGUUGAAAGAUGAUGGCAAGAAGUCCUGGAAAAAGCGUUAUUUCCUCUUACGAGCAUCUGGUAUCUACUAUGUCCCCAAAGGAAAAGCAAAGGUCUCUCGGGAUCUGGUGUGCUUUCUCCAGUUGGAUCACGUCAAUGUUUAUUAUGGCCAGGACUAUCGGAACAAGUACAAAGCACCUACAGACUACUGUUUGGUGCUGAAGCACCCACAGAUCCAGAAGAAAUCUCAGUAUAUCAAAUACCUUUGCUGUGAUGAUGUGAGGACACUGCAUCAGUGGGUCAAUGGAAUUCGCAUUGCCAAGUAUGGGAAGCAGCUCUACGUGAACUAUCAAGAAGCCUUGAAGAGGACAGAGUCUGCUUAUGACUGGACUUCCUUAUCCAGCUCUAGCAUCAAAUCAGGAUCCAGUUCCUCCAGCAUCCCAGAGUCUCAGUCGAAUCACUCUAAUCAGUCUGAUAGUGGCGUCUCGGACACCCAGCCCGCAGGACACGUCCGUUCCCAGAGCGCCGUGAGCUCCAUCUUCUCUGAAGCCUGGAAGCGAGGCACUCAGCUGGAAGAGUCCAGCAAGGCCAGAAUGGAGUCUGUGAAUCGGCCCUACACGUCACUUGUGCCCCCUUCGUCCCCACAACCCAAGAUGGUGACCCCCUACACGGCUUCUCAGCCUUCGCCCCCUCUGCCGCCGCCCCCACCGCCGCCGCCACCCCCGCCACCGCCUCCACCCCCGCCGCCUCCCCCACUCCCCAGCCAGUCUGCGUCGUCUUCAGGCUCGGCCGCCACCAUGUUUGUCAAGUACAGCACCAUCACGAGGCUGCAGAACGCGGCUCAGCAUUCGGGGCCCCUGUUCAAGCCUCCUCCCCCGGCCUCGCAGUCGGCCAAGCCUCAGGUCCUGGUGCCCCCCAGCGGCGUUGUCCCCCCACCGCCUCCCCCUCCGCCACCCCCAACCCCCGGCUCGGCCAUGGCCCAGCUCAAGCCGGCCCCCUGCACCCCAUCCCUCCCGCAGUUCAGCCCCCCACCGCCUCCACUGAAGAUCCAUCAGGUCCAACAGGUUACUCAGGCAGCUCCUCCCACGCCCCCACCGGCUCCCGCCGUCCCCGCGACCCUCCCUCCUCAAGCACCCCCCAAACCCCAGGUGACCAUCCCGCCACCGACCAGCGCCAAGACCAGCGCGCCGCCCGCCGCCACCCAGGCCGCGCCCCCUACACCCACCCCGCCGGUCCCCCCUGCCAAAAAGCAGCCAGCUUUCCCCGCGCUUCACGGCCCGCCCGGCCCUCCGGGCCCGGUGCCCCCUCCCACACUACCCAAGCAGCAGAGCUUCUGUGUGAAGCCCCCUCCGUCUCCACUGUCGCCCGCGCCCUCGGUGGUGAAGCAGCUGGCCAGCCAGUUCCCCCCGCCCCCGGGGGACCCCCAGCCCUCGAAGCCCGCAGCCCCACAGUCCCCCCCUGCAGUGAAAGCAAAGCCUAAGUGGCAGCCGAGCUCCGCCCCGGCCCCUUCUCCCGACUUCCCGCCUCCCCCGCCGGAAAGCAGCCUGGUGUUCCCGCCGCCGCCCCCGCCCCCACAGACCCCGGCCCCACCGCCGCCGCCCCCGCCCCCGCCCCCACCCGGGCCACCCACAGCCUCUCCCGUCCCGGACAGAAGCGGAUCUCCGGGCAAGAAGAGCAGCAAGACCUCCAGCCCCGGGGGGAAGAAGCCGCCCCCGACCCCCCAGCGCAACUCCAGCAUUAAGUCCGGCGCUGGCGCGGAGCCGCCCGAGCCCAAGCGGCCCUCAGUGGACAGUCUGGUCAGCAAGUUCGCCUCGGCCGCGGAGCCGGGCCCUCCGGCAGCACCCCCGAAGCCGGGGAAGCUCAACCUCUCCGGGGUGCACCUUCCCGGGGCCCUGCAGCAGGGCGGCGCGCCCGCCAGAGCCCCGGCCCUGGGCGCGCGCAAAGACUCGGCCGCGGAGUUCCCGUCCCCUCCCUCGGACUCCGACUUCCCGCCGCCUCCCCCCGAAACUGAGCUGCCUCUGCCCCCGAUAGAGAUCCCCGCCGUGUUCUCGGGGAGCACCUCGCCCAAAGUGGCCGUCGUCAACCCGCAGCCGCAGCCGCAGCCGUGGGCCAAGUCGUCGGCCAAGCGGGCCCCUCCGCCCACGCGGCCCAGGCGGAACGACAGCACGCGCCUCACGCAGGCCGAGGGCGCCGAGCCGCCCCCGACGGCCGCGGUCUUGCCCCAAGUGCCCACCUCGCCCAAGGCCAGCCUUAGCGUGCAGCCCGCCUUCCUGGCCGACCUCAACAGGACCCUGCAGAGGAAGUCCGUCACCCGGCACGGCUCACUGUCGUCCUCCCGCGCGUCCCGAGCAGAACCCACGGCCACCAUGGAUGACAUGGCCUUGCCCCCGCCACCCCCCGAGCUGCUGACUGAUCCACAGAAGGCUGGCUACGGAGGCAGCCACAUAUCGGGCUAUGCGACCCUGCGGAGGGGACCCCCUCCCGCGCCCCCCAAGAGAGACCAGAGCACCAAGCUCUCGAGAGACUGGUAGCCACCGUGGGACUCCGUGUCCUUGGUAGCCGUAGUCAGUUCUACAAUCAGCUCACUGCGUGCCUGUGGACUCGGGUGUGCAGAGGCUCCUGGUGUGAUGUUAUUCAGGUAGUGUCCGGCUGUGCAUGUGUGCGCGCACACACACAUGGCUAGAAAUAGAUUCUGUGUGUAUGUAUGUAUGUAUACAUAUGUGUAUAUAGCGCGCGCUGAGAGAGAGUCUAUUUCUUUCUUUUCUCUCCUAGUCUGAAAAGCGAGUUUCGUGUAUUUUGGUUUGAAGAGGCAUGGAAAGGGGCUCUGUGUGCUGUCCUGUGAUUUCUUUGAUCUGUCAUACGGAUUGGACCAAAAACUAACUGACAUAGAAGGUCUCUUGCAAGCGUCUGUCCGAGCGCGGCCUCUCUGUGCAUGUUGUGGAUUAUGUAACCGAGGAGUAGGUGUGCAGUGUGCUGUUCCUCGCUCGGAGAGGCCCCCAGGUGGCUGGUGGAGCUGUAGGGCUGCUGUGUUUCCCCCAUCGCCGGAGCUUAGAAUGAUGUGGCUGACGCUUCGUUACUGAACGUGAAGGGCACUUUAAUGCAGGAGAACCUCUCAGCUUCCCAGAACAGGUGCACAGAGCAGGAGGGAAGUUUUCAGGGUGCGUGUGGUUGUGCAUACAAGCAAACCCAUGGUGUAACUCAGCUGCUGCAGGUGCACGGGUCCUUUCUCAGGAGGGGCUUUGGGUGCAGCACAUGCGUGGCGUAGGCCUGCAGCCCUGCUCGGUUCCUUCCCAGCACCGCUUUGCGAAGCCUCACAGCGUCAGCAGCCCCAUGUCACGGUCCAUGUUCUGAUUCACUAUGAGAAUGUGCAACACAGUAACCCCGGUCUGCUGCGUCCCAGCGCGUCCUUGGUCACUGGUGCACACCUUAGCUGGCUGCUGCUGUUGGGUAUCCUAGACUAUGCCCAGCAGGACAGAGUCGGGACAAACAAAAUCACCUCCUGAAAUGCCAGCCUUUGUGUGUACCGCCCUCUGAAAGGGGAAGGGUGGUAAGACAGAUGAGUACAAAAUGGGCUCUGGACAGAAGUCGCAUCAGGGUGGCCGUGGGCUGCAGCAUGUCGUACAGGGAAGGGGGUAAGUGCGGGCUGUCAGGGGAGAGCAGAGUUUGACAAGUUCGUCCGCAGGCACUAGAGCUCCUGGGACCUUUGCCGGUUGCGGCCUGGUUGUGACUUGUCUAGGUUCCCAGGUGUUCUGAUGGAGCAGGGCAGGGCUGUCCCAGCACAGUGAGUGACCUCACAGACGCCCGUGCGGGGCGCGGGGCCGGAAGCAGCGCCCAGUGGCACACGAGACUGUGUGGUGCCGCCAGGCUUUUUUCCCUAUGAAUUUUCCUUGGUACAUGAGGGAAGAGGGCACUGCCUUGCCGGCUUACCAUGAUGAACUGACAGGAAUAAAAUGCAGUCCUAGCACUGCCCUUCAACAAGGUUCAAAAGGGCCAUGCCAGCAACUGGAAGUGAGCACGUCUUGUCCUGAGCACCUGUGCCUGUUGGAGUAAGGAUGGGGGGGCGGGGGGGAUGCCGGCGAAGUGGGGCAGAGAUGGCAGAGGGCGAGCAGGCGGGAGUGGUGCUGCGUGCCCAGGGAGUGAGGGCCGGCGAGAGGUGGCCAUGGUUGUGCAGCGGGAAGGGCAGCCCUGCUUCUGGAAGGCACUAACUUUCCGAGUGGCAGCAGAGUUCUGGUGCCCACAGCCCCGGGAAGUGGCCGCGCACUGCCCGCGCUGUUCAUUUCCGCACGCACAGCAUGGGUGACCUGUGCGUACAGAUGGCCAGGCUCCUCUGUGACCGGCGAUCUCCUGGUCUUCUGCCUGCAGCUGAGGACCACCAGUGUCGUGGGGAGGGGCUGACGACAGGGAGUCCUCUUCUCGAGAUAGCCGUCUCUUGAGUUUCGAGUUCAGUGUGUGGUUGUGGGGCUUAAUUUUUUUAGCACGAAAGUGACAACUUAAGCUUUCCUUGAAGGAAAAAAGGAAAUUGUGUGCCCCUGACCUUGCACUGGUGAUCUGAGUGUCUGUUCUAGUGUGGGAUUUCCUGUCUGUGCCAGUCCCGACAGCCACCCUGAACCGGGGCUUGUGCGGCUUCCUGGGCGAGCUGGCGGCCUUCUGAGCACCAGUGACGCCUCGCGGAGCGCGGCGCAGGAGCGAUGUCACUCACGGCCCAGUGGCUUGGCCGGCAGCGGCUGUUUCCCCUUACAUUUCUCCAAAGAGCUGUUGAAUUUUUACUAAAUGUGAAACUGAACCAAAAAAAAAUGUUAGAUUAUGCUCCUCGUGUGUUACUUCCUAGUGGUUUUUCUUUAAUUUGGAUGUUUGUUGGGAUGCGGGUUUUUUGUUUGGUUCGUCUUUUUUAAAACAUUGAUUUAUUUGAAAGGCAGACAGAGAUCUUCACCCACUGGUUUACUCCCCAGAUGCUGGGCCAGGCUGAAGCCAGAGCCAGGCACUCUCUCUGGGCCUCGCCGCCUGGUGGCAGGGACCGGGGAUGUGGACCAUCUUCCACUGCCCUCCCAGGUGCAUUAGCAGGAAGCUGGAUUCGAAGAGCAGCCGGGACCCAGAGCGGCACUCAGGUGUGGGAUGCCAGCUCUCCAGUGGUGGUGAGCCUGGUGGGAGGCAGUUCAGGGAGAGCCCUGCGCUCCGUAGCGCUCUUCGCUUGUGGGAGCGCCCGCUGCCACGUGAGCCUGGUGCUAAGCCUCUUUCACUGCCACUCUGCUGGGCUUCUUCAGGCCCAAGGAGACGGGGACAGGGGACAAGGCCAUGCUGACAAAGUGCAGUGACACCCUUCAUUUUUACUAUAAAUAAUUUGAAAAUUGGCCCACUCUAUGCCUAAAAGUUUUGGCAUCAGCUCUGAAGGGCAGCAGUACCUGUUCUUGGUUAGUAGAACAGCUUACUUCAGGUUCAUGGUGCUAACGUAAUUAUUAGACUAUUCCAUAUUCAUUGUAGAACCAACUGGGCUAUUCAAGCAAAUUUAAAUACUGUUUUUCUUCAGUGGUAAUUCUCACUUGGGCAGAACUUGAAGUUUAUACAAAUAACCACUUAACUGUAAAUGAGGCUUUUAAACAUUUCUGGAACUGUUUACAGUGAGGAAGACUGCGUUAGGGAAUGAGUGCCGCCUGCACCGUUGUGCUGCACACGCCUCGGCCUCCAGGUGCUCCGCCCACUGGGCUUCUGCUUCUCCCUACAAACAGUGCUGAGUGGAUCCAACAAAACUGGGGUACAGCGAUUCUGACAGAGUGCCAGCUGUUAGGAGGCAGGUUAGGAGGGCCUGCGUAUUCGGUCUAAGUGUCGGACGCCAGCAUUCUGGAGAACACACACUGCCAGUAAGCCUCGGUCCAGGGUGUACGGUUCGGAGUUAGUCUGGACAGGAUUCCAGCUAACGGUGUGGGCUGGUUUGAUCUGACUGCCACCUUGCUCCUCAGCUAAAAGCAAUUUUAUAUUACAAACACAAGGUAAUUCUAAAACAAGAAACCCAUUGCUAUUAAUAUGUCACCAAACUUUGACAUCAACUCAGAGCUAACAGAUGUGUAACUGGUGUAAUCAGACGUUACUCCAGGCGAGGCCAGGGAAGCCCCAGUGACCUUGGAUGACUGUGUGGUGACUGCUCGCAGUAGCACGGGCUCACACUCUGAAUGAUGAGAAGGUGACUCUCUCUUUAAAACAAAACUCCCUUAGACUGCAGGUGGUUUUGGCACUUUUUGUUUUGUCCACUGCAUUAUUUGUAUAAACGAGGCAGGGUAUCCCUGUCCCUGUAGAAUGUGUGACCUCUCACAGAGACUGGAUCCAAAGAGAACUGCAGGUAGAACGAAAUUAAACAUCCCACUGUCUCUUGAGAUGUUCACUUUGAAAUCCAGUGAGAACAUUUCUACACUUUUCCCAGACUAUCCUGCAAAUAAAAAGUGCUCAGUUCUUAUUGUGCCCUUGUCUAUGUGUACAAGAAACCUGAAAUCUAGCUGCAGAAUCAAUUCCAAAUAAAGAUAAGCAAAACAUACUUGGUAACAUUAGGAGAAAAACAAAACCUCUGAUUGGUUUGCUCUUGUAAACCGUUUCCAGGAGAAAACCCUUGCUGUAAUCCCCAGUGCCUUGAACUCUUGGAGGAACAGCAUCACACACACAUGCACACACACGCGCGCCCGCGUGCACACACACACUCACUCACACUCUGAGGUGCUUACUAAAGCAAAGGCAGACGAGUGUCCUGAUAGGAAUGGAAGGAGUGCCGGUCCUACAGGAGAGGGUUUCAUCACUGAAAUGAGGUCUGGCUGCUUUUCUACCAAAGACACGGGGAGAAGGGCCUGGGGGCGCAGCGCCCGAGACGGGACUGUGUUGACAACAGGCGGCUUCCAGUCGCAGGCUCCCGGCUUCUGAAGCCUCAGCCUCUUCCCAGGCAGCAGAACAUGUCUGCAGCACUUAGGGGACAAUGAAAUGAAACAGACCUACCUUCUGGAACCGUCCCUUGUUCGUUAAGUUUAUUGUAACCUGAUACCAAAAACUGCCACUUGUCAUGACUGUCCACCUCCUGAAUUUUUUUUUCUUCUUGUAAAUAAUCCUUCUAGAAAAUAAGCAUUAACUGGAAUGUUUCAAAUGAAUUUACUUAAGUUCUAUUUGAGUCACUAGUGAACUCUUACAGAGAUGUACAUUUAAGGUAAAAUACCAUUAGCUUGUGCUCAGUGUUGUAAAAACGUUGUUUACUGUUUUAAAGGAAAGUUGCACAUUAACUGGGGUUGCCCCUGCCUCUGUUCUUGCCCUACUUCUUUAAAAAAUGGAGUCAAAGCUUACACUGACUUCCAGGAUGUGCCAGCUUUGCCAUAAAUAGAUUCAGUGUAGAAAUAUACUUUUCUAAAGCAUGAAAAAGACAAACUGAACUGUUACACAGAGGACAUUAUUCAAAGGAUUAUGCACAGCUCAGUGAAGAGGUUCACUUUUUUCUCAGCUUUGUUGCUAUUCUCCUCUGCAUCAAUAUAUGCUGUCAUUUCAUUAUGUGCCUUGCUCCCUGAUUGUGCAAAGCUAUAGAGAGAGAUAUAUAGAGAGAUAUAUAUGAGAGAUUCAGUACUACUGAUCAUGUUCUGCUGGAUGAAGUUAUUUUCCAAGUGAACUCUUGCCAGUUACUGUCAGUAAACUAUUGUAAUGGCUUAGGGCAGUGUUGUACAGUCAGCUAAAUUUGUUUUUCAGUUACAUGUUUGCAUUUUGUCAGCUUCCCCAGUCAUUGAUGAUAAUAAACCAACACCAACCAACCAUAGAUUCUCAUUCAGAUGGUGUGUGUGGAUUGGCACCAUUAAGAACCUGGUUUUGCUUCAUGUUGGGGUACCCAAAAUAUAAGUUGUACAAUAAGAACAAACUAAGUGUGAAGGUGGAUAAACUAGUUUGAUGUGUUCAACCUGUUAAAGGAUAGUUUAGUUUAUACCAACAAACUGGGGAGCUUGGGCCAUUAAAUAUAUUAGCAAUUAAGAAGUAAUAAUAGCUUAAAAUUUUCUUUAAAUAAAGUACAACUAGUAAAAAGUAGUACAAAAAAGGGAUGUUUUGUUUCAGCGUUCUGGAGUCAUGGUAUGUGUUGGGCUGCCAGCUUCGACGUAUGUGUCUGUGUGUGCUCCACUCUGUCUACAAACCAUGUUACCAUUUCCCCAAAAUGGAAACCAUCACUCUCACCAGCUGCCAGUCCUGUCUGGUUUUGAGAACUACGCCUGCACUUUGGCCUCAGAGGAAAAGGGUCUGUGCAGUAAACACAGACUGAAAAGAGGAUGGAAUUAGGGCUUAGACCCCCUCCACAAAUCCACAAAGCAUUUCAGCCAAAUGUGUAAUUCCAACAUAACCCAAAAAGAGCCAAGUAAGGCUAACAGCAGACUGGCUAUUGAACUAGCUGUUCCCUUGCCUAAGACUCCUCCUAGUCUUGCUUUUUAAGAUGGAAGUGGCAUUAUCCAGGUAUUCCAAAGGAUUCUGUCAGCUGAGGACAUCCAAGGAUAAAGGUACAGGGGAGGGGGGACUGAAACAUUCUUGGAGUUCGUGGGAGCACGGCUGUGGGCCCAGAGUCACUCAGAUAUAACACCAGAAAACUCUGAGCCAACAACAGGACAGUCUUGUUAGUUUUCUUUCAGUCACAACUUGGACCAUCUGCAGUACUUUUGUCACUCCCAUUUUCAGUGUUAGGAACACACUGACACAGAGAAUUCAGAUGUAGUUGGGGGAAAGUGGGAAGAAGGCAGUUCAUAGUUAGGGCAACUGGAGGAGAGAAAACGUGACAGGUCAUCCUUACCGCAAGCUCAACAUUUUAAUGCUAUCCCAAACCACCUAGAUGGUACUUACGAUAAAUAAUCUCAUAAGACAACUGAAUAUACUUUGUGGGAUUUUUAUUUAGGUCAAGUUCUUAGUACACAGCAAUAAUCCCAAAUACAAUUAAAAAAUUAAAAAGUGAAUGUUCCCCCACUCAUCUGGAGGUGGUUUAAUGGCACACACAAGAAACAUUACUGGCAACUGCUCCCUCAAGUUUUCCUGAAUGAAUGGAUUUUGCUCAAUACCAGCUCUCCCUCUGGGAGCUAAAAAGCACAACUGGCCAGAUCACAAUUGUUGACAUUCUUUUUUGUAAACCAUUUUCUUAAGAAAAAAGGUACAUGGACAGAAGUAUGAUUAAAAACUGCUUUUCCACAGAUUUCUGAAGUUGCAAAAGAGGUUUCAUUUUAAUGUGAAAAUAAUUUUUUUUUU